CCUCGGGAAGCCGCUGGUGCGCAUGCGCAAACUUGCACGCACAUUUCAAAACAAUUGUCAGCUGAGUCUGUAAUAUUUGUUAUUAUACAUAAUAAGCAUCAAACGCACGUUCGUAUUUAAACUCGACACGCCUUGAGCAUCAGUCUUUUUCUCUCCGGAAGCCGAAAUAUAAAGCAGAGUGUUUACAGUUGUCAAGCUGCUUGGCAUAUUAAUGCAUAAUUUAGAUUUUAAAGGGGAAUUAUUUGUUUUAUUAUGAGCUCUUCUUGAAGUACAAGCUAAAUGUGGGAUGGACACGUACUGCAGUGUGAGUGAAGAUCAGUCUGAUGCCGCCAGACAACAAGAGAGACACUAUUACCUGCUGUCAGAGCUGCAGACGCUCGUGAAAGACCUGCCCAGCUCAUUUCAGCAGCGUCUGUCCUACACCACGCUCAGUGAUCUGGCUCAAGCGCUCAUUGACGGGACGGUGUAUGAGAUAGUUCAAGGGCUGCUGGACAUUCAACACCUGAUGGAGAAAAACCUCUACAACCAGAGACAGAAACUACACUGCGAGCACAGAGCUCUCAAGCAGGAUUUGGUGCGGAAACACAGACAGGCUCUGCAGACGUGUAAGUCUCACAAUCUGGCCGUUCUGAAAACCAACCAGAGAGCAGAAACCGAGGCUCUCGAUCAGCGGGUGAAAGAAGAGCAGAGGAUGAUGGAUGAGAAGGUCAUCACAAAAAGGGAGAAAGCAGGCGUGCAGGGUUUCUACAUCACCACUAACCCGCAGGAGGUGAUGAUGCAGAUGAAUCUGCUGGAACUGAUCCUGAAGCUGCAGCAGAAAGAGAUGCUUUCUGGAUCUCUGCCCUGAAAAGACUCACGUGUGUGAUUGUGAUGAUGCCGAAAGAACCGGACACCAGUCAAACCUCUCAGUUUCAUCAUGACAUAACUGCGGGACGCUGGACCUUCAGAAGUGUUUAUAAGAAUCUCUUUUAGAUGAUGAUGAUGGCCACCACUUUUCUUUUGACUUGAAAUAUUGUUUUGUAAUUCUAUGUAAAGUUGGUUUGCAUCUGAGCUUGUUCGCACACAUUCAGUGCGUUGUUAUGAUUUAUGUUACAUGUGAAGGGACUGGUUAUUAAAAAUGACAGUCUGCA